UUUAAUUAUUUCUUGUUCAUAAAGUGUCUGGAAGAACCUCUUGGAAUCUACACUUGGAUGGCUCCUUUAAUGGCCCAUCAGCCAGUGUCCUAAGGUUUCUGGUCUUUGUCAUUGUUUCCAUUAGAUCCUGGUCAUUAAGGUUUGUGUCUCUAGGUGUCUAAUUUUCUCGCCUUUUGUAUUAAAUAGCCUUAAAUAACAUUACACAAGUGCAGGAGUUCAGGUUUGAUCUCUGAGUACAGCGUCCUUGCAGGUAUUUCUAAAUCGUGUGGUAAUAUCAGAGGAGAAAGGGAGAUACAUCUCCAAAUGUGAAAGCAGGUUGCAGAAUUUUUAUGUUUGUGUACGGCUGGGGACAUUUUUCAUGAAUGUGUGAGUACCGUGUUUUGUGGUGACACACCCUAGCGUGGGAGCAAAGGAAGAUUCACGGCCAAUUCACGGAGGAAGACGCUUUUCACACAGCAAAGCACGGGAAUCCUGUGUACUCUGGGCGAAGUGUGACACACAAUGUGACGUGAACGACGUUAGGAUGAUGUGUCAUUUUAGUAUCAUUUUAGUGAAAUUGCGAGAUAGAGUGGGCAUGCCCCACUUGCUAAUUGUCCUGUGCUGAUUAACAAGAGGAGAAAAGAAGGCAAAUACCACAAUUCAUCCCGUGGAAGUGACAUCUUUUCGUAAUUCCUCUGCAGCACAGAGGAAAAAUGAAAGCUGUAUUUGAAGAGUUCGCGGUGGUGAGCUGGAAAAUGAUACCCAAAGUGGUGUCACUGUGUGCGGGGAGCAAGGCUUUUUCAAACACGGCAAAUAUUUGCACUACGCCUUUGACUUCUGUUUGCAAGAAGAGUGGAGAUUGAAGCAGCAGACAUGAGAUCAGCAGCUCUGUCCCGAAUGCAAAGAAAAUAUUCCCCCUUGAAACGCUGGGUGGGGAUGUUGGCCACGGACCGGCAGGUUCCUCUCUGCACCGGCUUUUCAGACACAGGGAGACAGAAAAGCCGUGCGAGCUGCUGGAAGGGCGGCGGGGCACGGAGCCGGGGGGCUUUCAGGCUUCAGGAUUCCUGACAAACACUGCUCUGCCUCGGACACUGCUUUAAAGUACAGGGAGCCACGGCGGAUGCCCGUAAAGGAGGGCUUAUUUGGAGAGUCAUGGCGUUUGGGAGACAGAGCAGAGGCACUGAGAGGCAAGUGGUCUUGUUUGUUCUGUGCGUUUGCGUGUGUCAGAGCGGGGCCGAAACCCUCUGCUAUUCUCUGGCGGAGGAAAUGGAGAGGGACUCCUUUGUCGCCAAUAUCGCAAAAGACUUGGGCGUUUCUCCGAGCCAGCUCGCGUCUCGCAAGGCCCGCGUUGUGUCUGAGGGGAACGAGCAGUAUUUCCGCCUCAAUUUAAAUACCGGAGUCCUGACGGUAAAAGAGACGCUGGACCGAGAGGCGAUCUGUCCGCAGAGCGAUAUCUGCACACUCUUCUUUAAGAUAUUCUUUGAAAAUCCGGUGCAGCUGAUCCGAGGGGAGGUGGAGGUUCGUGACAUGAACGACAACUCCCCCGUGUUCCCGGAGAAGGAAAUGGUUUUAGAGAUUCUGGAAACGGCAUCCCCUGGGUCUCGUUUCCCCCUAGAAAAAGCACGCGAUAAGGACGUGGGGAGCAACGGCUUGCAGAACUACAGCCUCGGAUCCAAUUCGCAUUUUUCCCUGGCUCUCGGAACAGGGAAAGGUGGAGCAAAAUACCCCGAACUCAUCCUACAGAGGCAACUGGACCGCGAACAGCAGAGGGAGGUGAAUUUACUCCUGACUGCCACCGACGGGGGCACGCCGCCCAAGUCGGGCACGGCUCAAGUCCGGAUCGUAGUGCUGGAUGCCAACGACAACAUCCCGGUCUUCUCCCGGGAAGUCUACGAGGCCCGCGUGGCCGAAAACAGCCCCCCAGAGCAGCUGGUGGUCAGGGUCACGGCUGCGGAUCCCGACGAAGGGUCCUACGGCAGAGUGCGGUAUGCCUUCACCCAGACAUCGGAGCGGUACCGCCAGCUCUUCGAGCUGAACGCUGCCACCGGAGAGAUCCGGGUCUCGGGCAGCCUGGACUUUGAGGAAGUAGAAAGCCACGAGAUGGUGGUCAAAGCCACCGACGGCGGGGGGUUGUCUGCGCAUUGCAAAGUGCAUGUGGAGGUGCUGGACGUGAACGACAACGCCCCGGAGAUCGCGCUCACCUCCCUCACUGCCUCCAUCCCCGAGGACGCCCCGCCCCGGACCGUGGUGGCCCUGUUCAGUGUGCGGGACCGGGACUCGGGGGACAACGGCAGGACGGAGUGCGCGAUCGAGGGCGAUUUGCCCUUCAGUCUCACCCCCACUUUCGACAAUUACUACGAGCUGCGCACAAACGCGGCCCUGGACAGGGAAAGGACGGCGGAGUACAACAUCACCAUCACCUCCAUGGACUGGGGCAGAUCUCGGCUGAGUUCUCGGGAAAGCAUCUUCGUGCAGAUAUCCGAUGUGAACGACAGUCCCCCGGAGUUCACAGAGAAUGUUUACACCAUAUCAGUGAACGAGAACAACAACCCCAUGCUCCGGAUCGGCAACGUAAAUGCCACGGACGCCGACGCGGGUAAAAACUCCCGUGUGAGCUACGCGCUGGUGCGAGAGAAGGGCAAGGAGCAGCCCGAUGUGUCGAUCAACUCUGAAAACGGGGACGUUUACAUCCUUCGCCCGCUAGACUACGAAGAGGUGCAUGCCUUCGAGGUGACCGUGCGCGCCGCUGACGGGGGCUCGCCGGCGCUCAGCGCCGAGGCGCUGCUGCGGGUGCUGGUGCGGGACGAGAACGACAACGCGCCCGUCGUGCUGCACCCGCCUCCCGACGGCAGCGCGGCGGCGGGCGAGCUGGUGCCGCGCUGGGCGCAGGCGGGUUACCUGGUGGCCAAGGUGGUGGCAGUGGACGCAGACGCGGGGCAGAACGCGUGGCUCUCCUACGAGCUGGCCAAGGCGACGGAGCCGGGGCUCUUCCGCGUGGGGCUGCACAGCGGCGAGGUGCGCACGGCGCGGGCCGUGACCGAGCGCGACGCGCCCAGGCACAGGCUCGUCGUGCUGGUGCGAGACCGCGGGCAGCCGCCGCGCUCCGCCACCGCCACCCUCGCCAUCGCCCUGGUGGACGGCUUCUCCGAAGCCCACUUGCGGGUGAGCGAAGAGGCGCCGACCGCCGAUCCCGACGGGCGGCUGACUCUGUACCUCAUUAUCUGCUUGGCCUGCGUGUCCGCGCUGUUCCUGGCCACCGCGGCGGCCGCCGUGGUUGUGAAGGUGCGGCGGGCCAGGCAGAGCAUGGCGGGGUCCUUGCCCACUUUCCCGAAAUCUGCCGCUGAGAGCAGCGCUGGAUCCUUGCCCCGUAGCUACGUGUACGACGUCUGCUUCGCCGCCGGGACCGUCAACAGCGAGUUCCGCUUCCUUAGGCCCCUCUUCCCCUGCUUCCCAGCUGGGCUGCCCCACGGCCCGGGCGACCAGCGGAGCUCGGUGUGCUCGGCCAGCCUCGGGGAAGAAGUCGACUGGGCUGCACAGGGUCGAGUUCCCCUCUCCGAAGGCACGGGUCCCAGGCCAGCAGAGGAAAAUACCAGUUCUGAUCAAAAUCCUUGGCUCACCCAUCAGUAAGUGAGGAGAAAGACAAACAUCUUGGUCCUCACUGGCUAACGUCCUCACAGGGAAAGGAGAGCAGAGAGACUGAACAUGCACCAAAAAAGUACCAGUGAGGUACAAGACUUCUCUGUGAGAGAGCAAAGACUCUCUCAUCUUAAACAGUAUUUUGUUCAUAUAGGUAUUUUGAAAUUGUGAUAAGGAUGGUGGAGGACUAUGUUGCAUGCUGGUUACACUGAGACUUGAUGUAUGAUUGUGAGAGUGCUACUUCUCCCAAAUGUUAAGGGAAACAUGAAAAACAGAAACAGAUCUUCAAGAUCUGCUUUUCCUACAUCAGCAUUUCUGUAUUUGUUAUUGUGAAGAGGGUUCCUUCAUAAUGUUUUAGUUUUCUGCUAUUUGUUCAAUGCCAGGCCAUACAGCUAUUAAAUUAAAUGAUACUUGCAAGGGAGUUUUUUAGUAACAAACAGAAGCUAAUUACAUUCGAAGUGGCUGACAUUGGCUCACUGUGUAAUCGAUCAUGAGUUUAUAUGUUCUCCAUAAAGUAAAGAGUGGUCUUUGAGCACUGUA